AUGAAUCGACCGGCGAUCCUACAGGUGAAAGACUUUUGUUACCCUGUUCUAGCGGUGUUUGGUUUACCCGCUAAUUUGUUAACAAUUAUUAUUCUGUCCCGAGGAAAAUGCGAUCUUUCCAAAUGCAUCUCUGCCUACAUGACGAUGAUGGCGGUGUCAGAUCUAUCGGUCAUUCUCAUCAAUGUCCUUGUCUAUGAGAUUUUAAUAUUCCGCCUGACCAGUUCAUUUCUGCAUUAUACGGAAGUCGUUAAAGCCACGAUCUACGUGCUGGCGGUCACUCUGGAACUAUCACGGUGGUACACGGUGGCCUUCACCUGUGAUCGAUAUGUUGCCAUAUGUUGUCAGAAGUUUAAAACAAAAUACUGCAGAGUGAAGACAGCCAGAAUCCUGGCAGCAGUAAUACUGGCGGGGCUUUGCUUGGAGAAUAUACCCCUCUUGUUUGCAUUUCAGCCUCAACGAAUAACUGGAAAUAUUUCGUGGGGUGUCCGCCCGAAAUUGGACAUCUUCAACUCUCCAAUGUUCGUCGCGCUCAGCAGAUUCAAAACCUUUCAAAACCUGCUGUGCGCAUUUGGUUUAAUACUUUUAUGUAAUGGGAUGACUGCCAGGCAUAUCUUAGUGACCAGCAAAUCCCGGCGUGGCUUCCGAACCCAUAAGAGUAAGAUUGAACGUGACCCGGAAAUGGAGAACAGGAAGAAGGGCAUCAUAUUACUGUUCUGUAUAUCGGGCAGCUUUAUACUAUUUUGGCUGCCGUCGGCAGUGACCAAUUUUAUCGCCAGCCUAACCAUGUAUUUUGAUCGCGACUAUUACUCUGCCCGAUAUAUCGCUGCUCAAACCGGGACUCUGCUCACGAACAUGAGUUCUUGUACAAACACGUGUAUUUAUGCAGCAACCCAAACUAACUUCAGGGCAGAGUUGAAAACGUUGAUACUGUCUCCUUGGACGCUUAUCCGGAAAUUGAUCAAGAGAAAUGUCAGAUCACCUAAGGCUUUCUCCCAUGAGUAA